GUGUUGUUAUCGAGAAAUAAGCUAUUUACUUGAUAUAGUAUGUAUUUGUUGAUAUCGUUAAAAAAUUUAUACUAGGACUUGAGUGAUCCAUCUAUGAAGUUUAUAUCUACGAUUAUUGACGAUCGCGGGCUCAAUAUGCCGGCUGAUGCAAUGUGAAGACAAUAUUCUGUUCGUGAAUGCAUGUUCUUUACCGGUCGAAUCUCGCUGUAAAUAGACUAUUUAUUACGAACUUUCUGUGGCCGAUUGCGAGAAGAAGGAUGGCAUCGACAAAGAAUGAAGAAAGUACUGGUGAAAUGGGCGAAAAGUUUGAGCAAGUUGUCACGAUGGAGACUGUAAUCGCUGCAGACAAUACGGGAAUCGACUACAACAAAUUGAUCAGGCAAUUUGGGUGUUCUCACCUUGAACCUUCUCACCUGGAGAGAAUCGAGAGACUGACAGGAAAACCAGCUCAUCAUCUUUUGAAAAGAGGAGUGUUCUUCUCGCACAGGGACUUGGAUGCUAUGUUAGAUGUUUACGAAAAGGGCAAGCCCUUCUAUCUGUACACUGGCAGAGGGCCGUCAUCAGAAUCAAUGCAUCUUGGCCAUUUAAUUCCUUUUAUCUUUACCAAAUAUCUACAGGAAGCAUUUGAUGUCCCUCUAGUAAUACAGCUGACCGACGAUGAAAAGUUUUUUUUAAAGAAAAAUCUUGAAUGCCAAGAAACCCACAGAUUAGCAUAUGAGAAUAUGAAGGAUAUUAUUGCCUGUGGAUUUGAUCCCAAUAAAACAUUCAUCUUUUCUGAUAUGGAUUAUAUAGGGAGCUGUCCAGAAUUCUACACAAACAUAAUGAAGAUCCAAAAGUGUAUCACAUUCAAUCAAGUGAGAAGCACAUUUGGGUUUACGGAGACAGACAAUAUAGGUAAAAUAGCAUUCCCUGCAAUUCAAGCAGCCCCUUCAUUUAGUAACUCCUUCCCUCACAUCUUUGGGGACAAGAAGGAUAUUCCAUGCUUUAUUCCCUGUGCAAUUGACCAGGACCCAUACUUCAGACUAACAAGAGAUGUUGCACCAAGGAUCGGGUGCCCCAAGCCUUCACUGAUCUUCUCGACCUUUUUCCCCGCUCUACAAGGUGCCAAAACAAAGAUGAGCGCAAGUGACCCUACGACCUCCAUCUUCCUCUCCGACACACCAAACCAGAUCAAGAAAAAGAUCAACAAGUAUGCAUUUUCUGGUGGUCGUGAUACAGUGGAGGAGCAUCGUGAGCUAGGAGGAGAUAUUAAGGUUGAUAUUCCAUACCAGUACCUUUCCUUCUUCCUGGAGGAUGAUGAAAAACUUCAACAGAUCAAGGAGGAUUAUUCCAGUGGUAAAAUGUUGUCAGGAGAAAUCAAGAAAGAGCUAAUACAGGUCAUACAGCCUCUUGUCGCAGAGCACCAGGAACGGCGAAAAAAUGUCACUGCUGACGUAAUAAGACAGUUUUCAACACCGAGGAAGCUUGAGUUCGGGGGACCCAAGAAGUCAUGAUUCUUUCAAUUAAAACCUCUCUUUUGAGCAACUCUAUUAUGCUAGAUCUACCCGAAAAAAUAUUGAUAAAAGAUAGUGUAUUUGAAAAAAUAAAAUAUUUCAACACCAA